CUCUUUAUUUGAGAUGCUCCCUAUACUAAAAUCCAUAUGGAACUUGAAGCAUGGGAUAAUUAUUUUCCUAACACCUUUAAUUCUUCUUCCUCUCCCAGUUGCUGUCAACACAAGGGAGGCCAACUGUGCCUAUGUGAUCAUACUGAUGGCAGUAUACUGGUGUACAGAGGCUCUUCCCUUAGCUGUCACAUCACUGUUACCCGCUGUCCUUUUCCCCAUGCUUGGAAUAAUGCAAUCUAAAGUGGUGUGUAUGCAGUACCUGAAGGAUACUAACAUGCUGUUUGUGGGUGGGCUGAUGGUAGCCCUGGCUGUUGAACACUGGAACCUGCACAAGCGCAUUGCCCUGAGAGUGUUGCUCAUUGUUGGUGUGCGCCCAGCACUUUUGAUGCUGGGCUUUAUGGUGGUGACGGCUUUCCUAUCUAUGUGGAUCAGUAACACGGCCACCACAGCCAUGAUGGUCCCUAUAGUGCAGGCUGUGCUGGAGCAGCUGAACAAACAGGAGACAGAAUCGCCUCAGAUGACAUGUGGUGAGGAGCGACCUCAGGACACAGAGUACAAACAGCAAGUGAAACACAAAGACAAAGAAGUGGUGGUGCGAAUGCUGGAUGUUUCUCCAGAGGCUGCCAAGCAACAGGAGUCUGUAGAAAAGAGGCUUAUGUCUAAAGGCAUGACUCUGUGUGUGUGUUAUGCUGCCAGCAUUGGGGGAACGGCGACACUCACUGGCACUGGCCCCAACCUCGUACUCAAGGGUCAAAUGAAUCAGUUAUUUCCUGAGAAUGAUGAUGUCAUUAACUUUGCCUCGUGGUUUGGCUUUGCCUUUCCAAACAUGAUCAUCAUGCUGACUAUAGCUUGGCUCUGGCUUCAGUUUGUUUUCAUGGGAUUCAACAUUAGGAAGACAUGGGGCUGUGGGGCGAUCAAGUCAGAGAAGGACAUUGCUGCCUAUAAUGUGAUCCGGGAGCAGCAUCUUCUGCUAGGGCCCAUGUCAUUUGGAGAACUCAGUGUUCUGGCUCUCUUUAUUUUACUUGUGGUGUUGUGGUUCACACGGGAUCCUGGAUUUGUGGCAGGCUGGGCAACACACAUUUUCAACACAGAUACAGAAUAUGUGACAGAUGCCACAGUUGCCAUCUUCAUUGCUGUGUUGCUUUUCAUUCUGCCAUCAAAACCACCACAGUUUCGUUUCUGGUCACCAACUGCGACUGAAACAGAGCCUCAGCUCUCUUCUGCCCGAAGUCCAGCCCUGCUCACCUGGAAGGUAGCUCAAAAGAAACUCCCCUGGAAUAUAGUUUUGCUCCUGGGUGGAGGAUUCGCUUUGGCUAAAGGUAGCGAGGAGUCAGGACUAUCCAAAUGGUUGGGAAACCAGUUGACUCCCCUAUAUAGUAUCCCUCCCUGGGCCAUUGUCAUCAUCUUGUGCCUCCUGAUUGCCAUUUUCACUGAAUGCACAAGCAAUGUGGCCACAGCAACCCUUUUCCUCCCAGUUCUUGCUUCUAUGUCUCAGUCCAUUGGAAUGAACCCUCUGUAUGUCAUGGUGCCGUGCACACUUAGCGCUUCCUUUGCGUUCAUGUUACCUGUGGCAACUCCUCCAAAUGCUAUUGUCUUCUCCUAUGGCUACCUCAAGGUUUCAGAUAUGGCAAAAACAGGCAUGAUGAUGAAUGUCAUAGGGAUUCUAUGCAUCACUCUAGCCAUCAACACCUGGGGCAAGGCAAUGUUCAGUUUAGACUCCUUUCCUGCAUGGGCCAACCAAACAGUAACAUGA